GUCUAAGUAACGCAUUUACGGUCAUUAUCGCAACAAUUUUUUGAAAUAAUAUUUUGCCACAUUAUCAAACAAUGCGCGUCUGAACUAGUGACUUUUUAUGCUAGAUAAGGUAUCAAACGCCGCUGUUGGACUCAAUAGCGUUUACGCAACGCGUCUAUAUUCAUUGUACAGAGAUUUUUAUCUCUGUUUGAUAUAUUUCAUACGUAAAAGGAUGGUUAAUUUGAUACAUUUUUAGGUGAAUACUACGACACAUUAUCUAUUAUACACUUUGUUUGUAGAGCGAAAAUAAACGUAUGAAAUAUACUUCCAUUAAAAGUAAAUGAGGAGAUACGUGUUUUAGAAUUAUAUUCGGCGAAUCAUUUUACUAUGCACAAUUCGGAACUUGUAAACAACUCAAAAUCUACGUAUGGUAAAAACGUGAGUGUAAUUGAACAGUGAUUGAGUGUAAUUAUGAUAUUUUUCACGCGGUCCCAAUUAGUUGAAGAGUCCAAACGAGCCGUACCUAGUACUUCAACGCUAUCAUGAAAGUGCUAUUAGCACUGCAUUACCUAAUUGCGGUUAUCUAAUUCACUUUUGUCAGGUAAAAGCAUUGUUUUCGCGUAUUAAUGUUUCUCCAUGUAAGCCGUAAAUUCAUCUAAAUGCAAUUUAAAAAUAUCCUGAUUCAAUCAAACGAAUUGUUUACAAUUAUUGUGAUGCGUAAUGACGCGUUGAGCAGUUAUAAUCUUAUCGAUGUCCAGCAGAUCUUUGACGCGUUUAUCAGAUAUAAACUGUAUUGAGAUAUGUAAAGGUAACCAGUGCUGAUCAUUACUUGUAAUACAGCGCUGGUUUGAUCGUUGCAAAUCCGAAGAAAUACCGAGUUGAAAAUGUAUCAUCCUUAAGCUCAAACGUCCUAUCGAGCGGCCAUAUUCAUUUGCGACUCUUGAAUAUCCAUCUGUGCUAACGUGUCGAAGGGUAGAAUAUUAAAAAAUCGAACAAAUAAUGUAGAAAAUUCAGUUUAUCCGAAUCUAAUGCAUAAAUAAAAACUGAUAAGUAAGCAACGUUUUUCAUUCAACAUAAAAUACCGCGUUUGAAUUUUGCCAUUCGGGAAUAAGAGAAUCCAGUGCCGUUUAAUUUCCUUGGCAUUAUAAUGAAACAGUGCCGGUGUCAUCGAAUGUGCAAGCACUGAAAUUAAGUGUUGAAAUGAAAUGUUGUCGUGGCGAAAAUUUAACUACUUCCUACAUACAAUAAUAAUACCAGUAAUAAUAUUAACUAGCAUUUUGUCAGUCGUAAAUGCUGCUGACAAUGUUUCAACGUUUGUUGGUGCUGCACGAAAUUUAACUGUGAGGGUAUUUGAAUAUUCUAAUUAUGGUGAAACCAACGAUACGAAUGGAAAUAAUCACGAAGGCUUGCUCAAACUUAACAUAUCGUGGCUUCCACCAAUCGCUGGGAAAGAUCCUGUUUCGUAUAGCAUAGUGGUAACAUCGGUCCAAAACGAAUCGAUCACAGAGUCGACAAUCUGUCCGGAAGGAAGUCUGUAUUACACCACGAAAAAUGCGAGUCAACUGAGGGUUGAGUUACCCCAAGAUCCUCUGAUAUAUGGAAUCCCAGAGUUGACUGUGACACCAGGAUGCGUAUACGACAUUCAAGUCUACGCAAACCCACGGAGAGAUCCGAGCGUGGUCCAUCCAAAUCUGUUUUACAAAGUGCCGAAAUGCGUUGGUGUCAAAUGCAGCUGCGCCGACGCCGAAGAAGAUAUGGCUUCGCCGGAAGUCGAGGUGCAGAGACUUUCCGACGACCGAAUAAUCGUCAAAUGGAAAUCGCUAACGGGGAACGACAACGUCAAGUCGUACAUCAUCAGAUUUGGAGUGCCUGUUCUGAUUUCUCGAGGUGGACUUCCAGUUUAUAAUACAACCGAAAUUGCUCGCGUUUCGGCAAACAAUCGUUCUUUCGUUUGGUUCAACGUUAGUUCAAAUAUUAAUGGCGUCGUUCACGUCGUUGCUGAAGAUUCGAACGGCUGCACUGGGCCCGAAGGAAGUUUUUCAGUCAACGCAAAUGAACGCAAUAAUAGAUACAAAGGACCCAUGGUUAUAAUUAUCGGGAGCAUUAUUGCCAGUGUGUUAAUACUCGGAACUCUGAGCAUUUUGUGGUCCCAUGACAGGAAUAGAUACGAAAUUGUCCUGUCCAACCCCAACGCGAAAAACCCGCAGAGUUCUCCUGUUUCAUUUUCACGAGGCCAAAUUUUCGCCGACCGUCUUUCGUUGAUGAAGCGAAAUGCUUUUUACGUUGAACAAGAAAUCGAGGAAGCAAUUCAAAGCGGGAAGGCUGAUGACCUGGAGAUUUCGUACUCCCGUAUCGGCUUCAAAGAGGAACUUGGGAAGGGCCAAUUUGGGACGGUGUACCUCGCUGAUAUAAAAGGAUUCGAGGCGGCGUUGUUUGCUGUUAAGAUAACGAACAGUCUGACCUUCCACGGCGAAGUCGAUGCCAGGAAUCAACUGCUAGAGGAAAUUGCAAUGAUGAAGACUGCUGGACAGCAUCCGCACCUCGUCCAGUUGAUCGGCUGUUGCACAUUACCAGCGAAUCCAGUUUGUGCCAUUUUGGAGUACCUCGAAGGCGGCGAUCUUCUUACCUACCUUCAUAAUAUCAGAAAACGCAUUUCUAGCAGCCUUGCGAGUCUCGCCACUGAUCCAACGUCCGCAUGCAGCCCAAGACCAAGUCUAACCGAAACUUUGUACACAACGUUGGGCAGCGAGCCACCAACAACACCGACGCUUGAUACCUUCGGUGAAGAUAAUGCAGCAACUGGUUUGGAACACUCUCACAAUUACGUGAACAUCCCACACCAAUCAUCGAGCCAGCAACUCUCUAGAACGAGAGGAGACAUCAUUGGUCUUCAAAGUUAUGAGUUUUUGAGAUUUGCUGUAGAGAUUGCAAAGGGCAUGCAGCAUCUCGAGGAAAAGGGAAUCACCCACAGAGAUCUCGCAGCUAGAAAUAUCCUCUUGGAUGGAAAUUUAACUCUCAAGGUGUCGGACUUCGGACUCUCAAGAAAUGGAGUUUAUGUGAUAGCCGACGGCGGUGGGACGCGACGACUUCCAGUUCGCUGGAUGUCACCGGAAGCGAUGCGGGACCGAGAGUUUUCCUCGAAAAGUGAUGUCUGGUCUUACGCAGUUGUUCUGUGGGAAAUUGGAACGCUUGGCGCGUUUCCGUAUCCCGAUGUUCGCGAUGAUCAAAUACUGCGCCACGUGGUUGUUGACGAAAAACGGCUUUCGAGACCGGAAGCCAUUUCUGUUGAGAUGUAUACGGUGAUGCAGGCCUGCUGGACAUCCCGACCAUCCGAUAGACCCAAUUUUUCUCAACUCUUAUCCCGGCUCCUCGGACUCGGUGGUGAACCCUACUUUCCUUAUGGAAAGAGCAACCCGUGUUACGCCACUUUGCCGCCGACUGAAGACGAACUACAAGACAGUCCGCCAUUGAGUCCUCUGUAGCAUAGUUUCAGUCUGUUAAAUUCUUUAUUCGUAACAUAGAUGUUAUACCCAAUUGUAAACUGCACGUAGUGUGAUACCCUAAUACAUAUAAUACGUAGAGCAUAUGAUACCCCUAUAUGCAUGCUAUGUAAUGCAAUAUUUCCCGAAUAAACUUUCAAGAAUCAGUA